AUUAAAUCUUUGCUAUACAGUCCUUUGGUACGAGCUAGGAAAGGCUUAUGCAUUCUCUACAGUUCAUUACUCUGUCCGUUCUGUGCUCAAUGCCAACUGACAACUGACCAUUAUAGACAGACAGAAGGUGACUGGUGACAAACAGAUGACAGAAGUUCCUUUUUGCCGUUUAUUUUUUCGGGAGUAAACACGUUCAUCACAUCCUGAAAAUAUCGGCAUAAUCCAUCCACAAUGGCCAUUCGACCAGUUUAUAGGCCGACUAUAGUCAAAAAAAGGACAAAGAAAUUCAUCAGGCACCAAUCUGAUCGAUAUUCCAAGCUAAAGCGCAACUGGCGUAAACCCAAGGGUAUUGACAACAGGGUAAGAAGGCGCUUCAAGGGACAGUUUCUUAUGCCAAACAUUGGUUAUGGUUCUAAUGCAAAGACUCGUCAUAUGCUCCCCACAGGAUUCAGAAAAGUCCUGGUACACAAUGUCAGAGUAAGUCGCUACCCCCUAUUACUUACUAAACAAUAUACAACAAAAAUUGUAUUCAUGUUCUACUGAGAAUUGACCCAGAAUGAUUCAAACACAUAAUCAGAAUGGUUCUGGAGACAGUUCUUUUUUGGACUGGUGUAAGGCAAAGAUUUAUUGAUAUAAUUUUUUACGGAAAAAGUAGCCAGAUAAAUAGACUCUUACGGGCACAGAAAUGAGCAUUGAGAUGCAUGUAAAAAAUUCCGUGUAGAGAAAUAUUUAGAGGGAAUAAAAUACUCACCAUAGUGGCAAUAUAUAUUCAGGAAAUAUUGAUUUUUACAUUUAAAAAUAUUGUACCCAAUUCAUCAUCUAACUAUUACUGAAAAAAACGUACAUUACAGUUGUGCAAAGCUUUACAAUAAGUUACCCCAGGAAGUUAAAAAGUUGUCGAAUAUAAAAGAGUUCAAGAAAUGUAUUCACAAGUUACUAAUGAAUCUAGAGCCAUAUGGGCUCGAUGAAUAUCUAGAAAUGUGAUACAAACAUUGUGUAAUGUUUAAACACUAUUUUAUUUCUUACAUUUGUUUACUAUUAUGGCAUUAUGUGAUGUAUAUUUCACCUGAUAGCCGACAUUAUGUUGUAGUUGUGCACUGUUAUUAUGAAAUAAAUAUUAUUUAUUGUUAUUAAAGCGAGGCUAUAUAGGUACGACAGACGAUGAUGAGCAAUUUGAGGUUAGAAAAAAUAUGAUUGAAUGCAGAUAUUUCUCUUUGCUUAGUAAACUAAAUUGUAUAAUAUUCCGCAUAGGGCUCUAAAAGUUGAAACUAUGUGACAAUUUACAGGUUUUGAGAAUAACUUCUGGUAAAUAUACCCCAUUUCACAAGUAUCUGCCUCGGUAGAAUGUCAGAUGAUUAUCUAGUAAUAUCUCAAAAUUCCCCAUAUUGGCACAGGACACAUAAUUCUGACAGAUCCGUGCACAUCAGGUAGUCAUGUGGUAUUUUGUUUUGGUUUUUGUACACUACUGAUUCAUUUUGUAAUUGCUAAAAGCUGUUAUUUAGAAUAAGCUUAUUUGCAUAAAAAAAACAAAAUGCCACAAACAAGUUUUAAUAGAUUUAUACCUGAUCCAUUAUUGCCAAUGUUGCAGACUAACACAAAAAUCUCACUUACACAUCAGCUGUUCACCUCAGUAGACAUCAAAGUGUGAUGGAUACUCGUGAAAUAGGGUAUAAGUGGUAUGUUGAAGAGCACCUGUAAAAACUGCUUUAUAAUAUGAUGGAAAUGAAAGUUAUUUUUAAAACCCUGAGUGUCAUUCCUUAGCUGUUUAGUACCCUACAUAGAAUAUUACACAGUUUAGUAACAACAGACAAAUGUAUGCUUGCAACUCAAAUUGCUCAUUUGCCUAAUCAGCAUCAUCAGCCAUAUCUAUACACAACAAAAUGAAAAAAAUUAAGCAAAAGUGUUGAGGUUAUACUGUUCCAGGAAUUCAAAAACUCUUGUUUACCAUAUUAUGUGAAAUCAUGAAAAAAAAAUGCAUGACUGUGGUAAAAAUCUAGUAAUCAUUGGAUAUCAAUUAUUAAAAUCAAUUUCAUCAUUUGAAAAAUCAUUCACUGUUCCAAGAGAUGUAAUUAUAAUAUUUACUUGUUUUAGGAACUUAACAUGAUGUUUUUGGUAAUUUGCGACUGAAGCAAAAUAUGUUGACAACAUUUUCUGAUAACAUUAUAACCACAUCUUCAUGCCCUAAAAGCAUAUACACAUUUACUGUAAUAUUUUUUUUUUCUAUUUCCUUCAAGGAAUUGGAAGUUUUGCUGAUGCAGAACAGAAAAUACUGUGCAGAAAUAGCACAUGGUGUGUCUUCAAAGAAGCGGAAGGAUAUUGUGGAGCGUGCUCAGCAAUUGAGCAUUAGAGUGACUAAUGGACAUGCUAGGUUACGUAGCCAAGAAAAUGAAUAAGUAUGAGUUUGUUUAAUAAAAAAAUGCAAAAAAAA